AUGUCUCAUAUAAUUCUCUUAUUUUGGGCGAAAGCUGAUCACACUGAUUCGGAAGCAUCUGCAACUUCUGACGAUGAGAAACCCUUUGACAAAGGAGCGUUUAUGAGUGUGAUGAGAUAUGAUUUUGAGGAUUUACUGACAAAUGAGCGAUUUGAGCAACCUGACCUGAUAGGUAGAAUAGAGCCUAGCGAGUUCAAUCUGGAGUACUUCGAACAAUCUCGACUUGCCACACCUCUUAUCUUCACUUGUGAUCCUCAGGAACUUGGAAUGAAAAUUCCGAAAGCCGAUGAGUUCUCGGUAGAUGAUGUGUUGCGACUUGUUGGUGGUGAUCGAAUGAUUGAAGUGGUAGAAUUUGUGAUGAGAAUUCCAAAAGCCGAUGAGUUCUCGGUGGAUGAUGUGUUGCGACUUGUUGGUGGUGAUCGAAUGAUUGAAGUGGUAGAAGUUAGCGGCCAGACAAGUGUGAAAAUGCCGUUAAAGGAUUUCAUCGACUACUACAAGACUCCUCAGGAAGAGCGAAAGACUUUGUAUAACGUGUUGUCACUAGAGUUUUCGAAUACUGAGAUGGAGGACAUUAUUCAAUCACCUGCGCUGGUACGACAAGUUGACUGGGUUGAGAAUUAUUGGCCGGAUGCGCUACGUCAAAGAUACAUCACUUUCAACAAAAAAGGACAGUAUACUCUUCAUCAUACUUAUCCGAAAGUGCAAAAGUGA